CCCGGUCGUCGCCGGAAGUCGCGCAGGCCGGAGUAUUACCGUGGAUGAACUGUGUAAACCAAAAGUUUUGAGUGUCUGCGGGUCCCGGAGUAAACGCUGCACUCGCGCUCAGACAGGAACAAGGUCGGACCUCAAAACUCCUAACUGUCCUGCUUCCUUGUGAGGUCAGGUGCCUCUCCGAAAGUUCCUAGCUGAGUAGGGGGCCGCAUUUAAAAGGAAAGGCUUUGUGGGCCUGAGUUCGUACCUGCCCACGAGGGUGUGACUUAGCUCGUCUACCCACAUAGUGUCCCGUGGUGGGGAAAUCAUGAGGCAGAACCUGGGGGCCGCUGCCCUCUUCGUUCUUAUCCUACUCUUGGGAAUUUAGAACGGCCCUUUGGGUGCCGGCUCCACCCCGCUCUCGUACCCGGAAGUGCCCCUACGGAAUCCGAGAGGGCCGCGUAACGCUUCACCAUGGCGACGGCUGCAGCUCCUCGCCGCUUCUGCCGCUGCGCCUGCUUCUGCUCGGAGAACCUGUACGUGGCGCGCUAUGGGCUGCACCUUCGCUUUCGAGACGAGCGGCAGCUGCGCCAGGACUACGGCUCUAUCCUGCGCAGCCGAGGCUGUGUCAACCCCGAGGACUUCCAGCAGCUCUUGGUGGAGCUUGAGCAGGAGGUGGUGCGGAGACGGCGGCUGGGGCAGGAGUCAGCUGCCAGGAAAGCCCUCAUUGCGAGCUCCUACUGCCCAGCACGGCCCGACCUCUACAGCACACUGCAGGAUGCAGCUUUGGCUCCUGAGUUUCUGGCUGCAGUUAAGUACAGUACGUCCCCGGGUGCAGACCUCUUGGGUCUCCUCCAGCGGCUGGAGAUAGUGUCAGUGUCCUUCUGCCAGGCCCUGCUGGAGGAGCUAGAGCACUUCGAACAGUCGGACAUGCCCAGGGGAAGACCCAACACCAUGAACAACUACGGGGUGCUGCUGCAUGAGCUGGGCCUGGAUGAGCCGCUGGUGACGCCGUUGCGGGAGCGCUUCCUGCAGCCCCUGAUGGGCCUGCUGUACCCUGACUGUGGCGGGGCGGGGCUGGACAGCCAUCGAGCCUUCGUGGUCAAGUAUGCACCAGGCCAGGACCGGGAGCUGGGCUGCCACUAUGAUAAUGCGGAGCUCACACUCAACGUGGCCCUGGGCAAGGCCUUCACAGGGGGUGCCCUGUACUUUGGGGGCCUCUUCCAGACACCUGCAGCCCUGACACAGCCGCUGGAGGUGGAGCAUGUGGUGGGCCAUGGUGUCCUGCACCGGGGCGGCCAGCUACAUGGGGCCCGUGCCCUGGGCACCGGCGAGCGCUGGAACCUGGUCAUCUGGCUCCGGGCCUCAGCUGUGCGCAACCACCUCUGCCCCAUGUGUUGCCGGAAGCCGGAUCUUGUGGACGAGGCAGAGGGCUUUGGUGACGGCUUCACCCGGGAGGAGCUCCCCUCAGUGGACGUGUGCACGCUGACCUGAGCCUGGCCUGGCGCGGCAGUGGGGCUGGGGUGGCAGGGCAGGUGAGGCCUCUGUUGCCCUGGGCCCAGAGGGGCAGAAUAAAGUCCCUGUUCCCUUCAGCCAUGCUACUCAGUGGUCAGUGAGGUGCUCCAGCUUGUGGUCCUUGCUUGGCAGGCGGACUGGUCAGCACAGGCUCGCUGGCAGCAGAGCUUCUGUGUGCGUUUUACAGGAUGAGUACUUUCUCCCGGGAUGGGUGAGGAGCGGGGACUGCGGCCACUGCCCUGGCUCGCUCUUCCAAGUGCCGUAAGAAUCCAAUGAGCUCCUGCUAAUAAAUUGCUUUGUGAGA